GAUUUAAGGUGUAUUAAUCACUAUAAAAGGCACUCGCUGAAUGCGCAAAGCACAGAGUGUUUGAGAUCUGAGCAAAACUCAUACUUCUUACACUUCUCUUGCCACGAUGAAAGCGGUGAUAGUUUUAUUGCUAGUGGCCUUCGCCGCAGCAGCUAUUGCAUAUCCUUUGGAAACUUAUGAUGAUGUGGAAGAGGCCUUGGGAGAAGUUAUGGAAGACCACAGAGCUGCCAAGUUCAGGUGCGAAUUACGGGAGAAAGUAAGGAAGAUCGUGGAAGUAGGAAAGAAUGCUUUGAAAAAUAAUGUCACGCAAGAAGAAGUGUGGAGAGAGGGAAUGGAGAAGACGAAUAAACUGAUUCGGGAAACGAAGAACAGGUUAUCGGAGGAAUUCAAGGAAAAGCUCAAGCCGCAGGUACACAGGCUUGAAAUGAAGAUUUACAGAUACCACAUGCGUAUCCUAAAAAAUAUGUACAGAGAGAUGAAGAAACAUAAACUGCAUGAAUUUGCAGAGAGAAUCUUGUCUGCGAUCAAUCAUCUCAAGGAAAACAAGCCAAAGUACCUGCCAGGAAAUAAAGAUGAUGAGGAUGAAGAACUAGAUUAUCUUGAAGACAUCGAGGAAGACUCCGUUGCCGAGUUCAGAUGCAACUUGUAUGAGGCUGUGAAGAAAAUCGUCAAAGCAGCUAAAAAGGCCAAAGAGGAAAAUGCCAGCCAUGAAAAGAUCUGGAAAAUGGGAGAAAAGAAGACAGAUGCACUUCUGAAAAAGAUAAGCAUAAAAUUAUAUAUGGAAUUCCAUAAGAAAGUAGCAGCCAACCCCAUAGUCAUAAAGUUGUACAAAGAGUUUAAGAAGAAAGCAGGGAAAAUUCCCAAAGUCCAGAGGAUGGCCAAAAAGCUUGGCAAGAGAAUCUAUGAACUCCAUCUAUUCGUUAUGGAAGAAAUGCAAAUGUUGUUGGAAAAGGAAGGUAUGGAUAAAGAGGCUGAACGUCUGGGGAAGGCUAUCAAAGAAUUCAAGGAAAAGCACAAGGCCAAGUAUGGCAAGGAAGAUGAAGAUGAGGCUUUGGAACUUUCCAAUUUUGCUGAACACGCCUUUGGUGGGACCGAGGAAGAUGAUCUUCCCGAAGAAGAAUCGAAUGCUCUCGGUGGUACCGAAGAAUCGAAUGCUCUCGGUGGUACUGAAGACGAAUCGGAUGCUCUCGGUGGUACCGAAGACGAAUCGGAUGCUCUCGGUGGUACCGAAGACGAAUCGGAUGCUCUCGGUGGUACCGAAUAAGAAAUGACAACAAGUGGAUAGAAAUAGGGAAUGAGAAAGACGUUCAGAUAACAACAAUUGAAUAAUGAUACGGAAUGGAACCAUGGCAAGCCUACAAAAAUUUUGUUUUAUAUUAGAUGCUAAAAUCUGUUAAUUCUUUUUUUUCUAAGAAAGCUUUUUUAUUUAGUAAAAGUGCAAACAUUUAGAUGGUUUUGAUUCUAUUGUAACCGAUGUUCUAAUAAAUGAAUUUUGCAUUA